UGACGGUGAGAGGAGCUCCAGACUCUGCUGGGAGGAAGCGGCACGUACUGUAUACACGUGAGGCGUCAAGUUGACCAUGUUUCCUGCCCCUGUUCUCAUCUGAGUCCCGGUCCCGCUGCAGGAGGAGGAGGACAUGAGUCCGUGUGGCUGCGGAAGACAAGUUUAAUUGACAGAAAACAUGGUGAACUGCAUCUUCAUCUGCAUUUCCUGCUCAUAAAACACCAGAUCUGAGAUCUGUGCUGCUGCUGCUGCUGCUGCUGCUGCUAAGGUGAACCGGGCAAGGCCUUGGACUUAAAUACGGUCCACCAUGUUCUCUGAUGCCCUCGAAGCGGCCGGGCGGAUGGAGGGCCUGCCUCUGUCCUCCCCACAGCCGCUACCAGAGCUAGCGGAAGAGGAAGCAGAGGCGUCGGUGGAGAGAGGGCCGAAGAGACGAGGACGCUACCGGCAGAGCCUGCAGCUGUUAAAGCCCUUCAGGAUCACAUACAAACACCAGCACCCAGUCGAUAACGCCGGCCUCUUCUCAUUUAUGACCUUGCACUGGCUCUCCCCGCUGGCUCUGAAGGCCUACAAGGCGUCCAGCUUGUCUAUAGAUGAUGUGUGGGGACUGUCUUGCCAUGAGGCUUCUGAGAUCAACAGCCAAAGGCUCGAAGCUUUGUGGCACGAUGAGCUGAAGAGACGAGGCCGCGAGGGGGCGUCCCUGACCAGGGUCCUCUGGAGGUUCUGCAGAACCCGCAUGCUGGUGGCCAUCUUCUCCCUCCUCCUCACGAUGGUGGCAGGCUUCGUUGGGCCCGCUCUGCUGGUCCGAGCUCUGCUGGAGUAUUCUCAGAGCCCGGUCACCUACGUGCCGUACGGCCUGGGUCUGGUCGCCGGGAUCUUCCUCAUGGAAGUGAUGCGUUCCUGGUCGAUGGCGCUCAUGUGGGCCGUCAACUACCGCACUGCAGCACGCCUCCGUGGGGCCGCUCUUACUUUUGCAUUCCACAAGAUCCUCCGCCUACGCAGCACUAAAGACAUCAGUCCAGGCGAGCUGAUCAACAUCUGCUCCAGUGACGGCCAGCGGCUGUAUGAAGCCGUGUCGGUGGGCUGCCUGCUGGCUGGGGGGCCCCUGGUGGGAAUACUGGGUCUGUCCUACACUACGUACUUCCUGGGCCCCACUGCUCUGCUGGGCUCGGCCAUUUUCAUCCUCUUCUACCCCACCAUGAUGCUCGCAUCAAGGCUGACGGCGUAUUUCCGCAAGAAGUGUGUGGUGGUGACCGACCGCCGCGUGAGGCUGAUGAACGAGAUCUUGGGCUGCAUAAAGUUCAUCAAGAUGUAUUGUUGGGAAGACGCCUUCGCACAGAAUAUUCACAAGGUGCGCUCAGAAGAGAGGGGGAUACUGGAGAGAGCCGGGGUCGUGCAGAGCCUCACGGUGGGCGUGGCUCCGAUUGUGGUGGUGAUAGCCAGCGUGUGCACUUUCACCCUGCAUAUGGCUAUGGGCAAUGACCUCACUGCAGCUCAGGCUUUCACUGUAGUUGCAGUUUUCAACUCCAUGACCUUUUCCCUCAAAGUCACACCGCUGGCUGUGAGGUCACUGUCGGAGGGUGCUGUCGCCGUCAAAAGGUUUCAGAGGCUCUUCAUGAUGGAUGACCGAGAGGUCGUGUUGGUCAAGAUGGAGGAUCCUUGCAAUGCGGUGGAAUUUCAGGACGCCACGCUGGCUUGGGAAAAGGCGCGCUCUCCACCUGCAAAACCUAACCCGUCUCCGAAGAAGCGAGGAGGCAUGAAGCGGCUGCUGCGCCGGGAGAAGCUCACCCUGUAUAUCUCCACAGAGGACAGCAAAGGAGGCAAGGAAGGUCCCAACGCACAAAGUCUCCUCACAAACAUGGAGCAGGAGAGUCCACAAAGCACCAUCUCCUCCACUCAGAGCAUCCGGCCGCCACUGCACAAGACCCUGCACCGCGUUAACCUGCGCAUCAAGAGGGGUUCACUGGUUGGCAUCUGUGGAGGUGUCGGUAGCGGAAAGAGCUCCCUUCUGUCUGCUCUACUGGGACAGAUGACCCUGAUUGAAGGUAACGUUGCUGUCAGUGGCGGCUUCGCUUACGUGGCUCAACAGGCCUGGAUCCUCAAUCACUCGCUGAAGGAGAAUAUCCUGUUCGGGAACGAGUAUGACAAAGACAAAUAUAACGCCGUCUUGAACGCCUGCUGCCUUCUCCAAGAUCUUGCAGAGCUCCCAUAUGGAGACAUGACUGAGAUCGGAGAGAGAGGCGCCAACCUGAGCGGAGGGCAGCGUCAGAGAGUGAGUCUGGCCCGAGCCCUCUACAGCGAGCGGCCCAUUCUCCUCCUGGAUGACCCUCUCAGCGCUGUUGAUGCUUGUGUGGGCUCUCAUGUCUUCCAUAAAGCUAUCAAGGGAUCUGCCAAAGGCAAGACGGUGCUCUUUGUGACCCACCAGCUGCAGUAUCUAUCUGAGUGUGACGACGUUAUCCUGAUGAAGGAUGGGCAGAUUUCCGAGCACGGCACCCACGCUCAGCUAAUGAGCAAAGAGCGUGACUAUGCCAGCCUAUUCACCAGCAUGCAACAGGAGAAUCUGGUGAAAGAGAAUCUAAAAAACAAACAGCAGAAGGACGGCGCGGAGAAGGAUGACAGUGUUGUUGAUAUCGCCAAGGUCGGACCAAAGGUUGAGAGCAAGAAAGGAGAACGACUGAUGAAAGCGGAGGAGAAGGGCUCUGGAGCGGUCGCCUGGUCCGUGUACGGAGACUACAUCAAAGCAGCAGGAGGUUCAAUAGUCUUCAUCAUCAACGUCUUCCUCUUCCUCUCCACCACAGGCAGCAUAGCCUUCAGUAAUUGGUGGCUGAGCCACUGGAUAAGGCAGGGCAGCGGGAACACAUCAUUAAUCUUGGUGAAUGGAACGAUGGAGAGAAACAGCAUGAGACACAACCCUCACAUUCAGUACUAUUCAACUGUUUACGUGGUUUCCAUGGGAGCUGCUUUACUGCUGAAGACAAUGAGAGGACUGGUGUUUGUGAAGUGCACGGUGAAGGCUGCCUCCGUGCUCCACGACAAGCUGUUUCGUCGGCUCCUCCUGAGCCCCAUGCACUUCUUUGAUACAACACCUCUGGGUCGUAUCCUGACCCGCUUCUCCAGAGACAUGGAUGAGGUUGACGUCCGUCUCACCAUGCAAGCUGAGAUGCUGCUGCAGAACCUGACCCUGGUGCUGUUUUGCCUGGGAAUGGUGAGCAUUGUCUUCCCCUGGUUCCUGCUCUCCAUCUUGCCUCUGGGAGUGUUCCUCUUCGUGGUCAACCGUGUCUCCAGGGUUCUGAUUCGCGAGCUGAAGCGACUGGAGAACAUCAGCCAAUCACCUUUCACCUCUCACAUCACCAGCAGUCUUCAGGGACUCUCCACAAUCCACGCCUACGGCAGAGGCCACGACUUCCUCCAAAGAUAUCAGGAAUUGCUGGACACCAACCAGGCGACCAACUACCUCUUCAGCUGCGCCAUGCGCUGGCUGGCUGUCCGCCUGGACCUCAUCAGCAUCUCUCUUAUCACUUGUGUAGCACUUCUCAUUGUCUUCAUGCACAAUCAGAUACCUCCAGCCUACGCAGGCCUCGCCAUAUCCUACGCAGUCCAGCUGGCCGGCUUAUUUCAGUUCACCGUGCGUCUGCUCACUGAGACUGAAGCUCGGUUUACAUCAGUUGAGAGGAUCACCCAUUAUAUAAAGUGUCUGGAGAGUGAAGCGCCCCGGCAGAGUCCUGAGGCAGAUGCUCCUGCCCCCUCCUGGCCUCAGCGGGGAAACAUCACCUUCCAGGAUGUGGAGAUGCGUUAUCGUGAUGAUCUACCACUUGUGCUUAAGAAUCUGUCCUUCAACAUCCUGCCGGAAGAGACCAUCGGCAUUGUGGGCCGCACAGGAUCAGGCAAGUCCUCUCUGGGUGUAGCUCUGUUCAGACUGGUGGAGCUGACUGGAGGCUCGAUUACCAUUGACGGGAUCAAUAUUGCACAGAUUGGUCUGGAUGACCUGCGGAGCAAGCUCGCCAUCAUUCCUCAAGAGCCUGUGCUCUUUAUUGGGACAGUCAGGUCCAAUUUAGACCCGUGGGAUCAAUACUCUGAUUCCCAGAUAUGGGAAGCUCUGGAGGAGACACACAUUAAAGAGAUGAUCAGCCAGCUGCCUCAUUCGCUCCACUCAGAGGUGACGGAGAACGGGGAGAACUUCUCAGUGGGAGAACGCCAGCUGCUGUGUGUGGCCAGAGCUCUGCUGCGGAACAGCAAGAUUCUUAUUCUAGACGAGGCAACAGCCGCCAUCGACACUGAAACAGAUCGUCUGAUCCAGGAAACCAUUCGCUGUGCGUUUGGCAGCUGCACAACGCUCAUCAUCGCCCAUCGUCUCAACACGGUGAUGAGCUGCAGCAGGGUCAUGGUGCUGGACCACGGCCAGAUUUUGGAGUUUGACAGUCCCGCUGCCUUACUCGCAGAUGAAAACUCCAGAUUCAGAGCCAUGAUAGAAGCCUCAGAAAACCAAAGCAGAUAAAAGACACUGGAUGGAGAUGAACUUUGGAUGUGAGCGGCGAGUCGACGCCACAAAAUAUUCAGUGGAAUACCUGAAAUGCACAAAAAAAAAAUCAACUCAGUCCUGCCGUCGUGUGAAAGUGUUAAAAAAAAAUACAGUGGCUCCUGCGAUGGCUGUAGCAGUGUCUGUUUCUUUCCAAACCAAAGAGCCAGGGACCACAUUUCUGAAGGGCAUGUCACAUCUUACUAUGCAAAGAAAGACAUUACAGCCUCCUGCUCUUUGCAGUUUUUUUCCUGGAGGCCAAAUAAUUAACUGCAAGUGAAACAGAGCAACAACUCUGACAGUAGCACUUUAUAAUUCAUGUUGUGGACACAUGGAAGCACAUGUGGUGCUUCCUUUUUUCCUCUGGAGGUCCAGCUGAUACGCGAGACUUCAUAGUUUUAGUCAUUUUAUUUCCAUUACUAACACCUCACAGUGCAGAAACUUACUGUUAAGAAUGUAUAAGGUAGUAUUCAAUGCAGUAAAUUAUAAAGUAUACCAUGUGUUAAUUAUUCUUUUUAGGUACUGUCUAAAACUAAAAGUGUUUCACUGGUUUUUUAUGUUUUAUGCACCUAGUUCAGCGUUAUAAUGUACGGAAGCCCUGAACCGCAAGUGAAGAAAUUUUUUUUUGAGAUGUUAUCUUGUUAUUUCGAGAUCAUAUCUCGUUAUUUCAAGAUAAUAUCUCAUUAUUUCGAGAUAAUACACAUAUGUAAAAAAAAAAUAAGAAUUAAAAAAAAAAAAAUCUUCCAAAAUUUUUU